AUGCAAGAAAUACUUCAAAGAGGAUCCCUCAUUACCAAGGAUGGUGAGACAACUGCUGAUGAAGCCUUUAAAGACGUCAAGGCAAUCGGACUUUACUUCAGUAUGCACUCUUGCCCACCUUGUAGACAGUUCACUCCCUUGUUCGCAGACAUCUACAAUGACGUCAAUUCUGGUUCAAAGCAGAUUGAAGUUGUUUUUGUAAGUGGUGACAAAUCCUAGGAAGAUUUCAAGGAGUACUAUGAGGAGAUGCCAUGGAUAACACUUCCAUUCAAAGACGAGAGAGUUCUAGAACUAGUCAAAAAAUAUGAGGUCAAAGGAGUCCCAAGAUUGGUUAUGCUAAAGCCUGAUGGCACUGUUCUAAGCUAGAACGCAGUGUAGAGAAUAAUUAAAGAAGGUCCUGAAGCGAUUGAGGAAUUUACCGCCGGAAAAGUGGAAUAAUAAUAAAAUUAAAUGGGAGGAACUAAUUAAAAAUAAAAUUAAGCAAUGGAGUCUCUAAAGUCGCAAGUCCAGGAAGUCAUUUCAGGAAAUCCAGUCGUAGUCUUCUCUAAGACCUUCUGCCCAUACUGCACUGAGGCAAAGAACAUCCUUAACAAGGCAAAUGUGAGCUAUACUCUCAGAGAGCUCGACACUGAGGAUGAUGGAUCUCAAACUCAAGAAGCUCUUAAAUCAUUAACUGGCCAGAAUACAGUACCAAAUAUCUUCAUCGCAGGAAACCACAUUGGAGGCUGCAGUGACCUCAAAGCUAAAAUCAAGACUGGGGAAGUCAAAACCCUUCUCAACACUAAUGAAAUUCCAAACGGUUUCUGA